AUGGCUUCCCUCUGCUCGCCCGAUGCGCUUGCGGCGCCAAAAUUCCUCGGCGGCCAUGUCCUCAACUUCGACGUCAACUUGGUUGAGAACUACAACUCGACAGCCAUCUCUAUGCUUUACUAUGGCCAUCCGACAGUCAAGGUUGAAAACGUGAACUUCUGCAACAUCACGGUAACCUACACGCACCCCGGCCAGAACGACACCAUUCACGUAGAGACAUGGCUGCCUUUGGAUAAUUACAACGGUAGGCUCCAGUCCGUUGGCGGUGGAGGUUGGGUAGCUGGUCGAUAUCCGCCCAGUUACACUGCCAUGGGCGGUGCUAUCGGGGAAGGCUAUGCUACCAGUACCACGGACGCUGGCCUGAAGAUGCAGUUGGACAUGGGACCAGACAGUUGGGCCCUCGAAAGUGAGGGAAACCCUAACCUCUACGCUCUCAACAAUCUCGGAUCAGUGUCUCUCAAUGACCAGGCUAUCAUUGCAAAGCAGUUGAUCAAGAACUUCUAUGGUGAGGACCCAGAGUACUCGUACUGGAAUGGUUGCUCCCAGGGCGGAAGGCAGGGUAUGAUGCUUGCGCAGAGGUUCCCCAACGCCUACGACGGCAUCCAUGCCAGUGCCCCAGCCAUUUACUGGAACCAGCUGGUUGGGUCUACUUUUUGGGCGCAGUUUCUCAUGAAUGACAUGGAAUACUAUCCGUACCCUUGCGAGCUCAAAGCCAUCACCGAUGCAGCAGUCGAGUCGUGUGAUGGCCUAGACGGCGUCAUUGACGGCAUCAUCUCUGACGAAGAGGCAUGCCGAUUUGACCCUCUCUUAGUUGCUGAGACAUCUUUCAACUGUUCUGAUACCGGUAAGGAGAUGAAGAUCUCCAAAGAGGCCGCAAUCUUGGCCAAGGCGACAUGGGCUGGUCCAGAGACCAAGGACGGCGAAUUCCUCUGGUAUGGUCCCAACAUCGGUAGCCAGCUGAGUGGAUCUACUGCGGCGUUGACCAACGAUAUUGGCCUUGCCAUGACUGAAUGCUCCAAUGGCACAUGCACUGGUGUACCUGUGGGACUCGGUGAGGUUUGGUGGAAAUACUGGAUCAAAUCUGACCCGAACUGGUCCUACGAGAACAUGACUCAUGAGGAUUUCCAGUCCUACUUCCGCUCCGGCAUUCAGCGUUACGACUCCAUGGUUGGAACAAGUGAUCCCGAUCUGAGUGCCUUUUAUAAGGCCGGGGGAAAGCUGCUUGGCUAUCAUGGCAUGAGCGAUCAGAUCAUUCCCGCCAAAAACACGGAACACUACUACAAUCAGGUUUCCCAAAAGAACUCCAAAGUUCACGAUUUCUACCGAAUCUUUGAGGUUCCAGGCCUCCUUCACUGUUCUGGUGGUCCGGGGGGUCAGCCCAGCAACACAUUCGACACUCUCAGAGCUUGGGUCGAGAAUGGGACAGUCCCGAACACUCUCGAGCACCACUAUGUUGACGUUGAUGGAGAGAAGCAAAGCCGCUUGCUCUGCCCGUAUCCGAAGAAGGCUCAGCUCAAGCGAAAGGCAAAGGGGAAGAAGGCCCUCGAGAGCGACGACUUUCAGUGCGUCGAGCCGUGA